AUGUUUAUUGCUUGUACACAUGAUGGUAUUCCACAUAUGAACGAUGUAUGGCCUGGUGUUCAUAUUCGAUAUAUUCCUCAUGGAUAUGUUAUUGGAUUUUUAUUUAAUCGAGCAGGUUUUCAUCAUGCUGUUGCUGAACUGUUACAACGACAAGAACCGAGUGUAAAACUAAAAAAAAAUUCAAUAAUAUCACCAAUUUCUAUUACUAUACCUGAAAAUUCGUGA